GUCAGGGGGGCCGAGCCUGCGGCCCCGGCCGCGCCGGCAGACCGGGAGAGACCGAGCCCGCUGGAUGCUGCAGCCGCCACCGCCACCGCCACCGCCGCCGCUGCUGAAUCCCGGGGGCUGCCGGAGCAUGGACUGCUGAAAACUUGCAUUUCUGCAGCGUGAGGUAAUACUUUAACUCCAAUAUGGGAAAGCAAAACAGCAAACUACGCCCUGAAGUCAUGCAGGAUUUGCUAGAAAGUACAGACUUUACAGAACAUGAAAUCCAGGAGUGGUACAAAGGCUUCUUGAGAGACUGUCCAAGUGGACAUUUAUCUAUGGAGGAGUUUAAAAAAAUAUAUGGAAACUUUUUUCCUUACGGGGACGCUUCUAAGUUUGCAGAGCACGUAUUCCGCACUUUUGACGCCAACGGAGACGGAACAAUAGAUUUCAGAGAAUUCAUCAUAGCCCUGAGCGUCACGUCGAGAGGAAAACUGGAGCAGAAGCUGAAGUGGGCAUUCAGCAUGUACGACCUGGAUGGGAAUGGCUACAUCAGCAAGGCAGAGAUGCUGGAAAUCGUGCAGGCAAUCUACAAGAUGGUUUCUUCCGUGAUGAAGAUGCCAGAAGAUGAGUCAACCCCGGAGAAGAGGACCGAGAAGAUCUUCCGGCAGAUGGACACCAACCGUGACGGCAAGCUCUCUCUGGAAGAGUUCAUCCGCGGCGCCAAGAGUGACCCGUCCAUAGUCCGACUCCUGCAGUGCGAUCCCAGCAGUGCCGGGCAGUUCUGAACCCGUACUUUGGAUGAAUUAUCUAUCUGCUUUUUUUUUUAUUUCCUUGCCAAACAACAUUCAUGGUAGUGUUGCCUCUGUAUGGCCAAUUAUGCCUUCAUUUGUGGCAUCUUAUAGCUUAUUUUGUUGUGGAUUAAUUAAUUAUAAGAAUGCUGAAUUGCUCUUAACAAUUUGUCCAGAGCAUGGGCAGUACUGUUCUAAACAGAUAUUGUGGUGUUAUCAUUGUUUUUAAAAUUUCAUUUUGUUUUUUGUUUGUUUGUUAGUUUGUAUGUGUUUUGGAAAGUAACAUGUUGAGGAGGAGUAAACCAACAACAAACCCCUUGGCAGCAAGACACACUGACAGACUUUAGAUUGCUGCUUUAGUUGUUAAGUAUUCAACUGCAGGACCUGAAAGUGUAGUAAGGCUGAACCAAAGGGGUUGUGAUGGGUGGGGUAGGAUUCACCUGGAACCUCCUCUCCUGUCCAGGAGGCACCAGUUAAGAUCAAAGACAGGACUGGGAAGAAGUAUGAAAGUGCAAAAUACGUGUGGGGUGUAUCAUCCACUCCUCUGCCUCGUUGUUUCAAUGCUGUGAACACUUUCCAGGUUGUGAAGAAGGGACAAAAUGAAGGUUGACUUUUUUUACUAGGUUUACAGUGGUUGAAGUCGUAUGGCUUUAUCUGAAAAUUCAGCAAUUUGCAAUCCUGAUCUCCAAAUCCACAGCUGACAAUACCUCUUGCCGUUUGGGAUCAGCAAAAGCAGACACAGAUAUGAAAAGCUGGGUCUUGACAAUGAAUUUAAGUGAGAUACACGUUGAAUGUGAAAUUUUCAGGUUAGUAAUAAAGCAGUUGCUACUAGGGAGAGUGGGCAUUCAUGUGAGGAACUCACAGACACCUGCAAGCAGCUCCAGCUAAGGCACAUCUGCUGUUCUCAAUGCUCUUGCAUAGCAGGAAGUUUUGGGGGUGUUUCUGUCUCUCUCCAUGUAGCUAACAGAGUUUCUGGGCCUGCUCUUAGGGGAAGGCUGUCAUCAAAACUUGUUUUAAACAUAAAAUUGUAGCAUUUAUAUUUCAUUUAUUUUAGUAAAGUUCAAAAAAAUCUGUACUGAAAUGAGGAAAUGGUACGCUUUAUGAUAUAUUUAUAUAUAUAAAAAUUAAAACAAAAAAAGAACAGCUCUUGAGAGAAAUGUUGAAUGUUUAUCUUUCCGCCUAGGUGCAGGAGUAUCUGAAAUUUGCUGCUGCAAAAUUUUAUCCUUUGGUCAAAGUUGCUGCAUGCAAAGCUAGUAUACACAUGUGGGAUUUCUUAGGGACUUCACAAGCGCUGUUGCAAGAGAAAAGCUGGAAAAGCUUUAGCAACAGGAGGCAUUAUGCUGACUAAAUUGGCAUUAAUCAGUCAUUAGCUGAAGUCUGCUUUGUGAUCCUGCUGGAGAGCUACCCAUGCAGGCAGGCACGGUGUUGGGAACGCAUGAGCUCGUUAGAGUAACCUUUGUCUGACAGGCAAAGCUGGCAUUUUGUCAAGUGACCUUGUAAAUGCUAAUCCCCAGUAGCCUUAAUUUAAAAUAAACCAAGUAAAAGAAGUCUGCUUUGCAGAUGAUGAUUAGCUGAGUACUAAUUAGAAGUCACGAAUAAGUAGUUGAGCAUAAAUAAUCUUCUGUGGAACACUAGCUAGCAUGUACAAUAACUGACAGAAGCAAUCCUAUACUUAAUUUUCCCAUACCAUUUGCUUUGCUGGGUGUUAAGGGCAAAGCAUUUUAAGAGAAAAUAAAAGUAAAUUGAAAAUAACAUUGUCAAUCAAUUGUACUAAAAUUUUUAUGAGUGGCUAAUGACACUCAAUAAAUGUCUUCAAGCACACAUUUUUGUCUCAAACAAUCACAAAAAUCCAAUUGAUGAUAUAUUUCCAUUACAUUCAUCAAAAUACUGAGCUAAGCCAAGCUGAGUGUGGGAAAAUAAGAAAGCAAAGGGGGCCCAGCCACAGACACAAACAGAUUUUAAUACCCAGCACUUUCAGGUGUUAUGAGCAACACUGGCAAGUUUUGCACCAAUUUUUCUGGCUGAUGAAAAUAUUCUCUAUCUCCUUCUCCCAAAUCUUAAUUGGACACCAUGUGCACAAAUCCCCUUCGAAGGACAGUCUGUGCCUACCUUCUUCAAGGUAAUUUUCUGCUUUACCUGGACACGUUCUGGCCCUCUCUUCAUGUCCAUCACCUCGUGGAUUUUGAAAGUCAUGUACUUGAGGGUUGUUUUUCAGCAGAAGAUGCCUGGCCAGACUCUGGGGAUUGCAAAGGAAGGUCAGUGGGCAUGCAGUGAUCAGCACACCCUCUGCCAGAUGGGAGUGACCCGUGCUGCCCCCCAGCCUCUCUGGGGGUGCUCCAUCACCACCCCUGCGUGGGCAGGACAAGGUGACACCACAGGAUCCCUGCUGAAUUUCCAACCUCCUGGCUCAGGGCAGGCACCCACGUCCAAAGCAGCCCAGACCUGUGGAAGCUGGCAUUUACUGGAGGUGAACUCGGAUACCUUCUACGGUUCCAUCUUCUUCUUAGUGCUGUGAAAGCAGCUGCAUGUGACUGAAGCUUUUAAAAUGUUGCCUUUUCUUUAAGUGACUGCAUUCCACCUGUUUUUCAUUUUACAAGGCACUUCUGGCCCAGAACCUAAUCUCUCAGUUUGUUUUUGCUCAGUAGUUUUGGGGUGUUGGGGCCAGGCUCGCCUCCUGUGCUACUCCUGUACAACACAGGUCUGAAAGCACAGCCUGUGCUGUGACCCCAGCAGAGAUGUAAUGCUCCCACAGCUCACAACAUUUGGAGUAAUAAGAGUUAGCUUACAGCUGC